AUGGAAAGCUUGUACCGAACGGCCCGAAUAGGCUGCAGAUACACGUCUUUAUUCUACCAUGCCAUACAUCACCCGUUGUACGCUACACCCUCUCGGUUGUAUGCCACCACAACCCAUCCCCGGAAGGGCAAGCCCAACCGACGCUCUAAACCAGAACCAAAGGGGAUUAAGACUCCAGCGACCGAGGAAUACGAUACCGCAAUGUUCCAACAGGUGGUUGAAAUGACCGAGGCGCAGAUUAUUGAGGACUCGACCGGGGUGCGAGAGAUUCUCCGCACUUUUACCCGGCUCCACAGUCCUGUGGUAGUGCGAAAGCUCACGGCGGCGAUAGACACCCAGUUUGCGGCGGACCCGUUGAAAAAGUCAUUGUUCCGUUACAUGAUCUCAACCAGCGCCCAGAUGGAUAACCAAUGGAUCGAAAAGUGCAUCAUACAUCUCCUCGACAUUCAGCUUCCGGCAACCCCGAAGAAGCUGGCGGUGACCCUGCAAAAAAUGGACAUUAUUUUUAACUAUUGGGACAAGCUCCGUGAAUGCAGCGACGAGGUGAAGCCAUUGCGGUUGUCACUGGAAACGUGGACACGGUUGAUUACGAUCCUACCGCGCGAUUACUAUUCGUCGUUCUGGCUCAAACUCAACGCGUUGAACUUUCUCAGCGAUCACGCGUUGGACCCGGUAAAGACUGCAUUGCGUAAAGGCAGCAAUAUCGAAAAGAUCAUCUUCGAGACGUGUGUGUUUGUUCCACAAGGAGACACACGGGCGUACAACUCCGAGUGCUGGAAGCAGUUGACCGAGCCGGAGCAGCAAAAGCUAGUGACAAACUAUUCCUACCAAGACUUUCGGUUCAUGAUCAGGCGGAGCAUUGGAGAUGGGGAGUUUGUCAAGGCGGCGUUCUACCUCAGCUUGUACUCGGCAAAAGUGGAAAAGUACAUUGGGCGGAAAAUUGGCAGUGCGAGUGCGGAUAAACGUGCAGAACUACUCAAACACCACGAACACCACGCGGCGGAGAUGUACAAUUUGCUUAUCUACCAGAAAAUGUCCAGCGGCGAGACCCAGGACUUGACCCAGUUGUUUGAGCAGUUGCUCGCGGCGUCCACUGCUGUCCACAGCUUGGGAUUCAUCCCCACGAUGCUUACGGUGUUCCGCAAGCAGCACAACUUUGAGGAAUUUUUAAAGCUCUUGAGCGGGUUAGACUUGUCGUAUCGCGGUAGCGCUGAUCCAGCGGAGUUGAAGCGGUUUUUGGACACAAAGUCGCGCAUUCUCGAUGCACUUUUCUAUGCCCUCAGAGACGAAUACAAGGUGCAUCCGAAGGUGUUGGUGGGCUACGCGCUAGCGAUCUAUGACGAUGCCUUCCGGGUAUUGGACUCACUCGGGCUCUUGUCCUGGUGCUAUGAGGGCAACCGAUCCCGUUGGUUGAAACUCUCUGAUUUGAGUUUGGUCAAGCGGGCUGAUAUCAAAGAGGAGUUGCGCAUGAAACACAUUUCGCUGGACGCCUUGUACAGCGUCUACUGCGGCAUUAUCACGGAGAUGGACAGUGAGUUUAUCGAAAUGGAAAAGUACACCAACUUCAAGCGCUUUUUGCGGCUCACCCCGGCGCUGAAGCGGCGCGAGCGAACCGUCAGACUCGAGCAGUUGUAUGACAAUUUCAUGGCCUGUUUGGUGAGACAGAACGAGGAUAGUCCCCCCUCACUUGCGAUUUCCCGCCUUCUGGACCACUUUAUCUGCAUGUUUAUGAGGGAAAUCGUGGGGAACAACCACUUUAUUCCUGGCAACGACGAUAUCAAGGCGGCGGAGCGAGUCUUAGAGGACUAUAUUGCAACCCUUGAAGCCCACGGUCAGAGGCUCCAGACAUCAGUUCCUAUCGACUACUUGGUCUAUGCGUACACCAUCACAAAGAACGACUUGGCCAGCGGGUUUCGUUGGGCUCGUUACUCCAUGGAGGUGCUCCAGCUACCGUUGUCGCUCCGCACGUUAAAAGCGUUUGUCAUUACCUUGUAUGAAGAGCGGAACUACAAGGAUGCGCACAAGUGGUUCAGCAAGAUCUGCGAGUACGGCUACGUGAUACGGAACCCCAAUUUGGUGCGCAUUGCGCGCGAGUUGGGCUGGCAAAUGAAUCUGGCGCCUGAGAGGAAGCCCGUCUCGGGACUGUUCCGGCGGUUGUCCCAGCAGGGGUAUUUCGAGCGCGUGGGGAAGGCGGCGACGAAGCCAAAGCCUGAGGAUAGUAUUAAUGGGAAGAAGGAGUAA